CGACGUGGCACAUAAACAGCGAGAGGAAGGAAGCAGCUAGCUGCCCUUAACUUUACUGAUGACAGCUUCUGGAGACGCCUUGCUCCUAUAUUUGACAACAAAGCUUAAAUGACGAUUCCAGAACGACACCUGAAGCAAACGGGACUUGAUUAAAGUCUGUGUAUCAGGUAAUGUGAACCGAAUGUGGCUAUGGGUCUAUGCAAGUGUCCGAAGAGAAAGGUGACCAAUUUAUUCUGCUUUGAACAUCGUGUAAAUGUGUGCGAGCAUUGCCUGGUCUCCAACCACAACAAGUGUAUCGUGCAGUCAUAUUUGCAAUGGCUACAGGACAGCGAUUACAACCCCAACUGUACUUUGUGUAAUCAUCCACUAAAUGCUCAAGACACUGUGAGGCUGGUCUGCUAUGAUGUGUUUCACUGGUCCUGUCUUAAUAACUUGGCCUCUCGGCUGCCCCUCCAUACGGCUCCAGCGGGAUACCAGUGCCCCACCUGUCAGGGUCCAGUGUUUCCCCCUUCCAACCUUGCCAGCCCAAUUGCCGAUGUGCUGAAAGAACACCUGUCAUCUGUUAACUGGGCUAGAGCAGGUUUAGGGCUGCCGAUGAUUGAAGAGCCCGUUGGGAUCGUUGAGGAGACCACAGCUAAUGAUAUCACUGAUUACACCGACUGGUCAACGUUUGAUGCGCAAGAAAAAAGUAACAGUUACCCCAACCACUCUUACAACGCCAGCCUCAACCCACCACCAAUUCCCGUCCCAUCUCAGGCACAGGAAGACCUCGGAGGUCCUCGUAAAAAUGGGGACCCAAAUAUGCAAGAGCAAUCUAUGGUCAACUUCCCUAAUGACACUACGCGUGACACAGUUACACUACACACAGCGUCGUCGCCAAGAAAGAUCUACGACACGCGGGACAUCGGUCACAGCUCUGUAACCCAGAUUGACUUUGACGAUGACAAGUACCGGCGACGGCCAGCAUUAAGUUGGUUUGCUCAAAUUCUCAAAAAUCGCAUGGGGGGAAAGAGAACGUCGAUGUCCUGGAAGCAGCGGGUCUUCAUGCUCGUUGUGGUAGGAGUCCUGGGAUUCUUUACGUUGAUCAUCAUCAUGGCUAAACUUGGACGUGCCUCCGCUAGCUCCGACCCAAAUUUAGAUCCUCUUCUUAACCCCAACAUUCGUGUGGGGAAAAACUGAUGACCAGCAUUGGUUCCGUCUUUACCUUCUGUGUUACACAAUAUAAGCCUGUGUAGAACAAGCUGAAAUGGAACGUUCUAACACCUGGUUCGCCCAGCAGAGGGAGCCAGUUACCAAACUUAAGUGGCAAACAGAACGAGGCUGUACCUUUUGUGUAAUGGAUGCAAUCUCUGGCAUCUCGCAGUAGGAACAUGGCGUGGCCUUUCACAGACCAUAAAGACAUCUCACAACAUUUACAAGUUUCCUCUAUUCCAAGCAAAGCAACUUGCAAAGGGGGACCAAUGGGAGGUGCACAUUAAAGCAGUGUCUGGUUAUUGCUGAAGAGGGGUAGUAUUUAUAUUCACAAAUCUAACUCCAAGUUGUCAGUGAUCUUUGUUGAUUUUUUUCAGUUCAGUAGAAACUCCACAAACCCUUCGGAUGUGGAAAGAACAUUGUUAGCUGAAAGACAUGUGAUCAGCUGCAUAAACGUUGAGUAACGUUGACAUGUUUGUAAACUGACUCCACACACUGAUUUGUUUUUGAGCGGCUGUAGUUUUCUCUUUUAGAGAUGAUGUCGCCCUCACCACUUAAAUCAAAUAUGCCCCACAGAAAAUGAAUACAUGAAUAUUUCUGGGUGUCUGCAUUACUUCUGAAAUUGAGUGCAUUGCUUUUAGAUUUGUGAUACAUACUGUAUGUACAUUUUCCUGAUGUUUAUUUGACUGUCUAUUAAAUGGUAAUACCACAGAA